CUCAUGGUGACCUGCACUGCGUGUUAAGUCUUCGAGGAGAACGUGUUUGUCGGUUUGUCUCGUUGCCGUCUUCAUCAUGCAGACCCUGCGCGUUCCUCUCUUCCUUGUCUUUUUGACUCACGGAGCACUGCGAGUUUCUCCAGUAUUCCAAUACCCGCCCGUAGUAAGAGCCGAGGUCGGGAGCACAGUGCACUUCACGUGUGAUAUCGGAGACCUGACCGGGCACUGCUACUCUGUUUUGUGGCUCAAGGUGCAGCCCAGCCGAGCCCCGGCACUGGCUGUUUAUUCAAACAUCUCCCCUGAUGGGAGUCAUGGAAGUGAGGCUGAUGCACCGACAAAGAAGAGCUGCUCUUUAACCUUAACUAGCGUACAGGUGAACGAUUCUGGGACAUUCUACUGUGGGUUUAGCUCCCACAUUAUGGUAUAUUAUGGAAAUGGAACAAGGCUGAUAGUAAAAAGUCCUGAAGACAUUUCAAUUGUAAUCUCAUCGCCUUCUGAGGAUGAAGUCCAGUCCAGUGGUUCUGUUACUUUAGUGUGUCUGGUGUUUGGAGUAGCCGAGGAGGCUCGUGUCCACUGGAACGUACUGGGGAGUGUUCGACAUGGACUGACUGAUUCCGGGUCCACUCCGGACUUUAUCAGGAAUCAGAUCACCAUUCCGGUCGAGGUCUGGAGCAGCGGGACCGUGUGUACCUGUGUAGUGGAAACAGAGAGCGGGCGCAAUAUGAGCAAAAGCGUGAGCAAAACAGGGUUCCCUGCAGCUUCCAUCGCUCUUCUCUAUGGGAAUGUAGUCGUGGUUUCACUUUUGCUAAUUGCUGUGCUUGUCGUAGCGGCAAUGUGUUUCUGUAGAAGAAACACCAGCUCAGGAAAUAAAAAUGAAAACAGGCAAUCAGGUGCAAGGCACUCAAGCAAAUCAAAAUUAGGAGAACUGGAGAGGGAGGAGGUGCAGUAUGCCAGUCUGGAGUUCAAUGCUAGAGGACGGAAGUGAACCCUGAGUGAACAGCCCUCUGCAGCCCCCGUCCCUCUCUCUGUGCCGGAACAACUGGGUCAACAACUGUCCUCUAUAUGUCUUCUAUUAUAUGCAUAUGAUACAGUUACAGUAUCCGUGGAUAAAGUCUUCAUAAAUAACUGUUUA